AUGGCGCAGUACAAGUCUUCAGACCAGGCGAGCUACGUGACUUGCUGGCUGCGCAAUAUGGCCCUGCAAACACCAAGAAGCAUGAGCUGGGUGGAGCUUGAAGAUUCAUGUGUAAUCAUCGAAAUCGUCUUCGUGGUGAAAGGAUACAGCCUUGUGGGGGUGAAAACCGCUUUAACCUUGGGAUUCGGAGCUCUUCGUCCUAACGCCAUCGUCGCCACAUCCAAGUACAAGAGCGGUAGCUCCGAAUCGAUUCUCACCACUUCCCUGCAUGGGGCCGCUACCCACGAAUGGAGCACGUUUGCCAACAAACGGACCACUCUCCGAGUCACACUCCCCGUGGGCGCGCAACGGAAGACGUACUAG